AUGAGACUGUUUGUUGCUCUGCUUUUAGAGAUUAUUCACGGUUUUAGUGUUUUGAAAUCAGACUAAUGCUUAGAUUGUUCCCUGCUUAUAAGAAAAGAGGAUUGCGAAUAUGCAAGUUGCUAUUGGAGUGCUGUAAGUGAAAAUUCUGAAGGAACAUGUAGUGAUGAAGAUUUAAGUGAGAAUCCUGGAAAUUCUGAAGGAAAUGUCACAUUUUGUUAAAGUAUAUUGAACCCAGAACAAAAUUGUAAUAAAGCUAAGGGAUGUGCUUACUAUAAUUCAGCUUGCACAAUUUUCACAGGUUGUUCUGCUUAUUUAUUUCAUUCAACCCUUGAAUGUCAAAGAAUAUCGUCUGAAUGUAUUUCUGAAGGGGAUGGAUGCAUAAAUGUAAAAUAAUGCGUAGAGUAUUUAACUUAAGAUAUUUGUGAAAAUUCAGGAAGUUCGAGUGGUUCUGGUAGAUGCAAGUGGAAUUCUGAAUUAUAGAAAUGCCGAGAUUAUAAGUGUAGUGAAGCUGACCUAGUUUUGACUACGGACUAGUAAUGUUCCUAAUUUGGAGUUGGUUGCAUCACAAAAGGCUUAGGAUGUAUAGAAAGUCCUUUGAGGGAAUGUAAAACAUAUGAAAGCUCAGGUCAAGAUUGCAGAAAAUUAAUUGGAUCAGAUGGUUAGUGUGAAUAACUAGAGGGGAGUUAAUACUGUUAAUUAAAAAAAUGUGAAACAGCUCCGACGACGUAUAAUAAAAAUGAAGAAUGCGAUAAAUAUUUGAAAGGAUGCGUUAGCACAGGAUAAGGUUGUGUGGUAACCUUAUUGCCAUGUAAUACUUAUAAAAAUAAUUGUACAAAUUAUAUAGGUUCUGAUGGAAUAUGUGAAUAUGAAGAGAAUUAAGAAAACUGCAGGAGUCGUAUUUGUGAAAAUGGAUAAUUUAGUUCAGAUGAGGAUUGCAAUCGAUACAGGUCUGGUUGUAUUACUAAUGGAAAAUCCUGUGCUAACAGCUUGUAAAGUUGCACUAGUUACAAGGGAAAUAAAAAUAGUUGUUUGGGAUACAAAGGAUAGGAGGGAAUGUGCAAAGGAAUAGAUGAUAAUGAGUAGUAAUGUUAAGUCUAGGAUUGUAUUAAGGAUAGUAGUACUACAUAUGUUACUGAUGAAUAAUGUUAGAGCAUAUAGAAGGUGUGUAAGACAAAUGGGAUGGGAUGUGUGUACACUUUGAAAUUAUGUAAAGAAUAUGAAGCUAGUUCUGAGAAAUGUUUCGGAUUGAUUGGUUCUGAUGGAAGAUGUUAAGGAGGUGUGGAUGGAAAAUGCAAAAGCAGAAUUUGUUCAGAUGCUCCUAGCACUUACAACACAGAUUACGAAUGUAAGAAGUAUUAAUCUGGUUGUGUAACUAAUGGUAGUGGAUGUAUAGAUUAGACGAGUUGCUAAUUGACUCUUAAAGAGAACAGCUGUUCAGGCACUUCAGGAUGUCAAUGGAAUUCAUCUUGCAUAGAUUCAACAAAAUGUUCUAAUUUCUAAACUCAAUUGAUUUGCGAGAACAACUCAGCAUUCAAUUAUUAAUACAAAGAUGGGAUUACAUCUUAUAAUUACACCAAAUGCUCAUGGAAGUCCAAUUAGUGCAUAGACUUGAAAUGUUCUGAUUUGACUUCUGAUAAAUAUGAUUCUGACUUUGCUUGUUAACAAGUGAUGGAAAAUUGUGUCUACAGUGGUUAUGGAUGUAUUGACAAAUCUAGUGAUUGCUCUCUCUUUAAAGGGUCUUAGAUUAGAUGUGCAUUGUAUGCAAACAAGUGUUGGAAUGAUUCCAAUGCAACAGAGACUACUCCUUGCAGAAUUAGGUUAUGUUCUGAUAAUACAAUAUUCACAACCGAUGAAGAAUGCGCCUUCUUUUAAAAGGGAUGCAGAACCAAUGGUUAGGGGUGUAUUGAAGACACCAAAUAGUGUUCAGACUAUUAAGGAACUCAAGUUUCUUGUAACAAAUUCACUGGAUACAUUUCUAAUAGCACUGAGAGAUAAUAAUGUUACAAUGUGAGUGCGGCUACAUCUACGACCACUUGCAUUGAAAAAACCUGUAAUUUGGCAGUUGGAUUGACGAAUAAUACAGAUUGUGGUAAAUUCUUAAAAGGGUGUGUCUGGAAUGGUUUGAGUUCUUGCGUCAAAGAUACUUCAGAUUGUACUGCCUUUUAUGGUACUCAAUAAUAGUGCAAUACAUUUAUUGGAAAUAACUAACCAUGUUAUGGAUUAAGUACUAACAGUAGUAAUUCUCAAUGCAAAGUUAAGUUAUGUGUUGAUAACACUCAACCUGGACUCACUGAUCAAUAAUGUCUCAAUUUCUUAGAAGGUUGCAUCUCUAAUGGAAUUGGAUGCACAUCUAAAGAUACUACUUGUGAUAAAUUCAUUGGAACAGCUUAAACUUGUUCCAGUUUCUUAGGAAAUGGUUUAAAAUGUAACAGAAAGGAUAAUUGUUCCACUAGAUAAUGCUCCGAUUAUACUUAACCUAAGGAACAUCAAGAUUGUUAUAACUAUCAUUCCAAAUGUCGAUUCGUAAACGCUAACUCUCCUUGCAUUGACAAAACUCUCUGUUCUAAUUAUGUGGCUUAAGGAACGAAUAAUACUGAGAAAGCAGCCUAUUGUAAGGCCGUUAAAGAUGAUUCCAAUUUUAUUUGCAAUCAUUAAUCAGAUGAUAGCAAUUGCAGCAAUUACACCUGUGAUUAAAUGCCAACCUAAACUGAAUGUGAAUCUUAUACGAAAACUAAAGGGUGUUAUUUUAUCAAUAAUUCCUGUGUUUCUACUAAUGAUUGCUCAAAAAUACCUUUAGAUAAUACAUCCUCGGAUAAGCCUACUUCAAAUCCGUCUAAAUUAACAUGGUGUAAUUAAUACAAAGACAUAAAUAAUAAACAAUGUUCAUAUCAUCCUACCUUAAGUAAUUCCAAUUGUUCAAAUUAUAUCUUAUGUGAGCAGGUGGUUUCAGCCAAAAACUCUAUGGAUUGCAAUAGAUUACUGUAUAAGGAUCCAAAUACUACAAAUAAAGGUUGCUUAUUUUAUAAUGAUUAAUGUUAUUCAGUUUAAACUUAAUGCACAGAUUAUUUAGCCAUUGGUAAUGAUGAUACAGAGAAGUAAGCAUUUUGUUAAGCCAUGAAAUUCAAUACAUCCAUAGGAACUGCCAAUACAAAGGUGUUAUAAUGCGUAUUCGAGGUUGGUAAUUCUAAUUGUUCGACUGCAACUUGUGAGAGUGUUACUGAUGUCAGUAGCCAAACGGAUUGUGAGAGGAAGGCUUUGAAUUGUGCCUAUUUCUAAAGUAAAUGCUAUACUAAGCAAAAUGAGUGUUCAUCAUACAGCACAAAAUCAGUAGCUUCAAACAAACCAUAAUUUUGUUCUAUUAUGAAGAAUUCCUCAGGAGAAAAUUGUGGAUACAUUGAUGGUAUGGAUAAUUGCAUAAACUCUUCAUCCGAUUGCAAAGUGUAUAGAUGGGAUAGUUACAACAGCAAUCCUGCUCCAUCUCCAAGUCCAUCCACGAAUGCAGACAAAAGACUGUAUUGCUAAUAAAGAAGAUCCAAUUAAGGUAGGUUGUGUGGAUACGUAUAUGAGUAAUCUCAUUGCAGUUUAGAAAUCAACUAUUGCGAAUUAAUCGAAUCUCCUACAUCUUAAAUAAGUUGUGAUCUGUAGGCAAAAGGAUGUACAUUCAUUCAUUCAACUUCAAUCUGUGUCACAACUUCUAGAUUAGCAAGUUGCAAGGAUAUCAAAUUUAAUGCUGCAACCUUACCUUCUGAGAGUACUAAAUUGAAUUACUGUAAAUCAGUGAUGAGUUACUCUGGAGAAUGCACUUGGAUAUCUGGUACUGGGUAAUGUGAUGACCUAUCAACUGAUUGUACAUCAUUUAGUUUGAGUUCAGUUCCAAAUGAGAAUGAUAAAUCAACAUAUUGUUUGAAAAGAGUUAGCCAGGCAGGAGGUUGCGCUUGGAGAAAAGGAGAUGCAAUAAGUACUUGCAGAUCCUUUUCUUGUUUUGAUAUCACCAAUGCUGUCAACUAAGCUACUUGUGACAAAGUCUUGAGUGGUUGCACUUAUUAUUAAAAAUAAUGUAUCAAAACUCAAUCAAAAUGUGAUUAGUAUUAUGCUUUUGGGGCAGAUGACUAUCAGAAAUUCUAUUAUUGUUCAGGGUUGUCAUAAACUACCGGCAAUUCUUAGUGUACUUACAUCAAAGGAAGUUAAUUGUGUACUGUUAAAAUAGAUAGUUGUGCCUCCUAUGCUGUGAGUGCUUUAAGUGAUGCCAACAAAUUAACUUGGUGUUAUAUAUUAAGUGAUCUCUCCUCCAAGAAUUGUGCCUAUUCUACUGGAGAUAGUGCUUGCAAAUCGAUUACUUGCGAGUUGAUUUUAAGUGCAUCAUCACAGAAUGAUUGCGACUUGUAUUUAUCCGGAUGUUAAUAUUACAAAGGGUUUUGCUAUACUAAACCAUCUAGUUGUAGUUCAUACACUAUUCCAUCUAGAAUAACAGACAAUGUUGUAUUCUGUUCUAAUUUUAAAAAUACAUCCAGUUAAUUCUGUGGGUAUGUGAGUGGGAGUACAUGUGCAAACCCAUAUAGUUGUGAUCAGAUUAGUGCCGUUGGAGACACAACUGCCUUAAAGUAGGCUUAUUGUUAGGCAAGAAAGUCUUCAGGUGGAUAUGUAUGUACAUACUCAAGUGGUGCAUAUUGUAUAUAAGUGAACACAUCUUUGAGUUGUACAUACAUCACAGGGACCAUAACAAGUUAAGAUUAAUGCUAAUCUUUUUCAUCAAAUUGUUCUUAUUAGGAUUCAACGAAGACCUGUAAUUUGACAUCUGAUCUGAAUGCUUGCAACAAGUAUGGACUUGGCUCUUCAACAGACGAGGAUACCAAAAUAAAAUAUUGUCGAUCUAUCUUAUCAGGAACUUGCACUUAUUAAGCUGGAGAUUCGAAAUGCUCAAAUUAAGUAACAUCAUGCAACUAGAUCUCUAUUUCAGAGAUUAAUGAUAAAUUGUAUUAUUGUCUAGCUAGAAGUAGUUCAAAUGGCAAUUGCUCAUUCGAUGACUAAAAUGAGAAUUAAUGCAGUCAAAUAAAAUGUAGUGAUAUAGAUUAUCCGAAUUCAUAGAUGGAUUGCAAUAAGCGUAUGUCUGGAUGUAUUUAUUAUCGAGGCACUUGUUAUUCUAUGCAAAACAAUUGCACCUUAUAUGAAACCUAUGGAGCUGAUGAUCUAGCUAAGAAAGAGUACUGUGAAGGUCUCAAGACUUCAGACAACCUUCUGUGUACUUUCAUUUCAAGUUUAGAAGUAUGUUCUAAUGUUGAAAGCAGUUGCUCAUCUUAUGAUGUCUCUGCCGUAGUAGAUAAAGUCACUUGGUGUGAAUUGCUAAUUCAAAAUGAUGGGUAAGCAUGCAGUAAUCUCAAUGAUUCAAGCAAAUGCAGUCUUAAGAUCUAUAAUUGUGAAUCAAUUACAGCAACCUCUUAAAAGGAUUGUGACUAAGUUCUAUUAGAUGGAUGCAUUUAUUAUAAUUCAAAAUGUUAGAAAAAGUAGAAUAAUUGCACAGAUUAUGUGAUUCCUGCAAGUGUAACUAAUAAAUAACUGUAUUGCAAGAACAUGCUUGAUGGUUCAUAAAGGUAUUGUACAAGUGGAACUACUAAUUGUGCAUCACCAACAACUGAUUGCUCUGAUAUAACAGCAAAUGGAGUUGAUGAUUCAGAAAAGAGAGUCUAUUGCAGACAAUACAAAUCCUCAGCUGGCAAGAUGUGUGGAUAUUCAUCUGGAUUGAAAUGUGAGAUUGAACGCAAUUAUUGCAGUGUCUUGACAAGUCCUACGAGUUAACAGGAUUGUGAUUUGGGAUUAGACAAUUGUGUUUAUAUUUAAAAGAGUGGGAAAUGCGUUGAAAAGUAUUUGAUUAAGGAUUGUACUGCCAUGUUAUUCGAUUCUGGUCUAUCCAAUAAAGUAAGCUAUUGUUAAUCAUACAACCCAAAUGGGAAUGCAUGCACUUGGAAUACAGCAGCGGAUCAUUGUGAAUUGGAUACAAAACAAUGCUCUGAUUUUGAUGCAACUGGCUAAUCAGACAAGAGAGUAUUCUGUUAAUCUAAGGAUAGAUACAAUUGUUCAUGGAGGAAUGGUGACACUUCUUCAUCCUGUAGAAAAUUCAAAUGUUAAGAUGUUGAUUUGGCACAAAGUUAAUCUGAUUGUGAUUCUAGAAUUUUUGGAUGCAGUUUCUACAUCAAUUCUUGUUUCACAUUAGAAAACAAUUGUGUUAAUUAUUAUGCUUUGGGCACUGAUAAUACGUUGAAGCAAUCCUUCUGCAAUGGUAUUCCAACCAAAUCCAAUUAGAAAUGCACCUACUUAUCAGAUGAUUACAAGUGUAGAGUAAGAGAUCAAUGUUCAACUUACAAUGUGUAAAGUCUAAGUGAUAAGGCUAGUGCAUGUUAAGGAAUGUAUAAUUCCACUGGAAUCCAAUGUAUCUAUGUGAAAGGUACGACUUGCAAUUAGGUUGAUAAAUGUGAAACUUAUACUGAGUUAUCCGAUAUGAGUGAUUGCACCAAACUGCUAGAUAGCAACAACAGAUUCUGUCUUGAGGGCAAUACAACAUGUCUUACUUUCACUUGUGAGGAUAUCAGUGAUCCCAAAUCUCAAGUUGAUUGCGAUACCAAAUUAAAAGGUCUUUGUUAUUUCAAUACCACUAACUCCAAAUGUAUAACUCUCUCAGAUUGUUCCACUUAUAAGAACAGUGAUUGGCCAUCAGAUGCAGACCCCAUCAAACAUUGUGACACUCUUAUUGAUAAGAAUGGACAUCAUUGUACUGCUGAUAGUGCAACCAGCACAAAAUGCAGGGAGAGAUUGUGUAGUGAUAAAUUAUUCUAUUUGAAUUCGGAAUGUAAAGAGUGGAAAUCAUCUUGUAAAUCAGAUGGAUAAAAAUGCAUUGAGUCCACCCAAGAAUGCUCAUAAUAUUCUGGAGACAAAGAUUCAUGUAUCAAAUAUCUAGAUUCUGAUAAUCUCAAUUAUUGUAAAGUUAUUGCUGGCUCUGAUUAAGAUAUUGGACCAUGUUCAACAAUGUCUUGCUAUUAGAACACUACAGCAACAUCCGAUUCAGAAUGUCAAUCAUUUUAAAAUGGAUGUGUGACCAAAGGAGUUGGAUGUAUAGCAAAGACUGCUAAAUGUGAUGAAUAUAGAGGAACCAGAGAUCAAUGUUCCAAGUUUCAAGGCUAUGUAUCUAAAACAUCAACAGAGUUCUGUUCAGGAGAUUCAACAAAUACUAAUUUGUCAAAAUGUAGAUCUAGAAUAUGUUCUGACAACAUGACUGAUGUUAGUGAUAUUCAAUGCUCGGAUUUUAAAGCUGGCUGUGUAACAAAUGGUAAAGGCUGUAUUGAUAUUACUGCUAGUUGUAGUAGUUAUAAAGGCACCUAAGAGGAAUGCAGUAAGUUCAUGGGCAAUAAUAGGACUGUUUAUUGUUGGAAUGAUUUAGAAGCUGCUAGUAGUAAAAGCUGCAUUGAAAAACAAUGUAAUCAUAUUAAGGGUAUUACAAAUGAAUAGUGUGAACUAGCAUUUCCAAAAGUGUUGAUUCAAGAUAUUUAGACUCUCCUUUGCGUUAGUAAUGGUCAAAAUUGCAUCAAAAAUCCUGCUUAAUGUAGUGAUUUUAUAGGCAACAACAUAACUUGUUAGACAUUCACAGCGAUAAUCGAUGGACCAUGUAAAGGUCAUUCAGAUAAUUCCAUUGGAUAAUGCUAAUCCAGAUAAUGUUAUGAAGCACCAAAAUCGUAUAAUACUGAUGCAUAGUGUUAUGAUUAUCAUCCUACUUGUUUAACUACAGGAUAAGGAUGCAUGAAAUUUUAAUCAUAUGAUAAGUUUGGAAAACCAACUCUAAAUUGCAAUAACAUUGUUAACAAUGAUGCAUGUACCUAAAAACUUGGUUGUGCUCUUGCCAGCUAAUGUUUAGUUUUGGUUUCAUCAUGUUCAGCAUUAACAUCAUAAGCAAUUUGUCAAACAACAACCCUUUCAAAUGGAACCCAAUGCGUUUAUGAUUUAGCAAUAAACAAAUGCAGGGAAAUCCAGUGCUCUGAUUACGUUGGCAUUAGUGAUAAUAAUAUCUGCCAGAAUUAUGGAAGCAAUUGUACUACCAAUGGAAAUGGUUGUGAAAUAAUGAAAUCAUGCGUUCUAUAUAAUGAGAAACUAACAUGUUAAUCAGCGUAUUCCACAGAUCCAAUUAAUAGAUGCACAUGGACUGAUUAGGGGUGUAGAUAGAGAGAAUGCAAGGAUUUCAAAGGAACCACUAACUCAUCUUGUAAAUCAUUCUUACAAGGAUGCAUCACAAAUGGCUAGAAUUGCAUAGGACCUAAUUAUUCAUGUUCAGAUCUCACCUAGAAAACCUGUUUAACAGAUUAUUCAGGCAACCCUUGCAUAUUCUAUAAUAAAUAAUGUCUCUCCUACUCAAAAUGUGAAGACUUGAAAUUCACAACUCAUGAUCAAUGCUAAUCAUUCUCAGGGCUCUGCACUUCCAAUAAGUAAAAUUGCAUUCCCUUAAAUAAAUGUGAAAAUUAUAGUAGCUAAGUAUCAUGCAUCGUAGGAGUUGAUGGGAAGUGUGGUUGGAUUAACGAUAAAUGUAAGAUCUUUUAAGGAUGUUCUAAUGUUUCAGGAACAUCAAAUCCUGUCUGCUAGCAAUAUUCUAACACUUGUAUCAGUGAUGGAGUGAAAUGUGUGGAAUAAAACCUCUGUUCCUUCUAUAGUUAGUAAUUUCUAUGCGAGAAUAACAAAGGUUUAGAUGGAGAUUGCAUAUGGGCUGAUAAUGCUUGUCGCUUGAAACAGUGUGAAGAUUUGAAAACCAACAUUGACACAUUCAAAAAAUGCUACGAUCAAUUAAGCCAUGUUAAAUGUUCUAGUAAUGGUACCAAAUGUAUAUCUCUAACUUCGUGCGAGUACUACGAGGAGAAGUCUUGCAUAUUGGGUUCAGACGGACCUUGCAUUUACAAAUUACCUAUUGAUCAGAGUUCUGGCUAAAUCAGCUGUAGACUAAAGGAGUGCUAAGAUGUUACAGGCAAAACCUUUGAAACCUGUAAAUCGGCCUUCGAUUCUGCAUAUAAGAAAUGCACUUCUAAUGGAUCAAUGUGUAUUGAUGUUAACUACUGUUCAUCUUACACUACAAAAGUUGCAUGUGCUUCAGGAGGCAUAGAUGGACAAUGUGCAUUUGUGCCUAGUGCUUCAAAGGCUAAUGAUGGUGUCUGCAAACUAUUUACAUAAUGUUCAGACGCAGAUAAUGACAAAGAUGUCUGUCUCUCAAACUCCAAAUAUUGUUAGUGGAUUUCAACAAGUGUAAAGAAGCAAUGUAUUCCUCAUACAUGUCUCACUUACAAUAAAAAAAAUGAAUGUAAUCCUGUUCCCAGUUUUGAUUAAACAUCAUAUCUUCUUUGUGCUAAAGUCAAAGGCAUAUGUUAAGAAGUCUAACCUACUACAUUGCCUAUGGAAACCUGUUACAUAUAGAGUGCCCAAACCUUCCUUUGGAAUAUUACAACAUCCCAAUGUGUACAAUGCAAACAUUAAAUUAACAAUAAUGUUACUAAUAACUAAACGGGUUCCACCGAUUCCUCACAUAUGCUCUUUACUUUAGCAAUCGUAUUCAGUUUGUACUUCUGA